AUGAAAUAUUUCUUUUUGUUAGCUCUUGUUCUUGUUGUAUUGUCAAGAGAAUAAAUUGAGGAAGUCGAUGGGGUCCUACAACUUACAAGAAAAAAUUUCUAAUAAGCUGUUGACGAGAAUUCAAGAUUGCUAGUUAAAUUCUAUAUUGACACUUGUGGAUAUUGCAAAAAGAUGAAGCCUGUCUUCAUUCAAUUGGCGGGAUUGUUGAAAGAAUAUGGAUUUGUUUUGGGUGAAGUGAAUGUUCAUGAAAAUAAAGCACUUAGCGCCAAAAAUAAUAUUAAGUCAUACCCAACACUCAAACUUUUCAAAAAUGGUGUUGUUUAGGACUUUCCUAAUUCAUCAGAUUCAGUUGAAUUGCUAUUUGAGUUUGCUCUCUAAAAUGCUUACGAUUAAAUUACUAAAUUAAAUACUCAGGAUGAAAUUGACCUCUUCUUGAAAAGAACCAAUUUUGCAGUUCUCAAGUAUGUGAAUAACAAUGAUGAUUUAUAAGAAUUGGUAAAUGAAAAUCUAGGAAUCAAAUUUGGUAUUGUUGAGAAUCCAGAACUCCAACAAGCCCAUCCUUCCAAAUACACUUUGUAUCAUAAGGAAUUACCAGAACCACUUAAUUACAAUGGCGAAAUCAAUGGAUUAUUAGAAUGGAUUUUAAAGAAUGGUUAUCCUGAAGUUAUCACAUUAACAGAGGAAGAAUUUGUUAAAGCAGAAAGAGAAAAAAUUUCCUUGAUUGCAGUGGCUGAUGUUAAAAAUAGUCAGAUACAUGAACAUUUUAAAACCUUGACAAAAUAGUAUAAAAACUAAAUUCGUUUUGUCCUUAUUGAUCCAAAUUCAAAACUCCCUAACAAAAGAUUCCAGUAUUUGAUCAAAAAGAAAGCAGUUGCUAAGAAUGCUAUUUAUUUUUACAAUUACGAGACUAACAAAACAAAUACCAUUGAAUUAGUAGGGGAUUCAUUAGAAACAUUAAAAAAGUUGAUCGGAACUGUGAUUAUUGAAUCAUCAAUUUAAUAAGAAGCUAAACCUGUUGAUUCUGGUGCCUUUUUCUAAGGAGAUGGACAAGUCCAUGUUUUAACCACAGCAAAUUUCAAACAUUAAGUGUAUGAUAAUCCAAAUCAUGUGUUUGUUAAAAUUUACGCUCCAUGGUGCGGUCAUUGCAAGAAGUUAGCACCUGCCUAUGAAGAAUUAGCUUAAUAAUUGAAUAGAAAGGAUAUAGUGAUUGCUGAAGUUGAUUUUACUGCAGAUAGAAUUGAAGGCAUUGAGAUUGAAGGUUAUCCAACUUUACUCUUUUUCAAGACUGAAGGGGGCUAAAAGAAAAAGAUAGAAUUUAGUGGAGAGAGAACAGCUGAAGGGAUGAAAAAUUUCAUAUUGAAAUCCUUAGACUCUGAUUCUAAGUCUGAACCCGAGAGUUAAUUAACUGAGGAAUCUUAGGACGUGUAGGAAAUUGAUAGAGUUGAUAUUCCUAAUGAGGGAUAAGUGAUUUAAUUGACAAGAGAAAAUUUUGAACAUUUUGUAUUGAGAAGCAAAUAGGAUGUUUUCGUGAAAUUUUAUGCUCCUUGGUGUGGACACUGUAAGGCUAUGGCAGCAGAUUAUGUCAAAUUAGCAGAAGAAUACAAGGAUAGCAAAAAUGUGUUGAUUGCUGAAAUCGAUGCCACAGCUUAUAAAAUACCAAUUGUUGAGGUCAAAGGAUUCCCCACUUUGGUGCUAUUCAAAAAGGGAAAUGUAAGAGUAAAACAAGUUAAAUUCAGUGGUAAGAGAAGUGCUUAAGGGAUGAAAACAUUUAUAGAAGAAAAUGGAAGUUUUGCUUAAAAGAAGGAUUUAUGAUUCAUAAAUUUAUUAUAUUAUGAGAGUUAAGUUAUUGUAGUGACGUACAUA